UAAACAAUAUAUGGUUUCCACUCUGACUCCCACGUCCACCGACGAUCAGAGGGAGGUGAGGGCUACGACGCCGAUUAUGCUCGGCCGACGUUUGUUUGGGGCACGAACAUAAGCGUUGAGUAUGUGAUUUAUCGGUUUUUGAAGCAUUUCCGGAAUAUGGGUUGCUCAGGGAAGGGAAGUAUGAGAUUGCGAUCAAAAGGGUCAUUGAAAUGAAAUCGAAGGCGACAUGUUUGAUUAUGAUCCUGACUUGUACACCAAGAUGGUUAGGUACCCACUUGAAGUGCUGGGGAUUUUCGACAUUGUUUUGAUGAACAAGGUGGGACGAAUUAACCCCUUGUUUGAAAAGCACAUUCAAACUCGGAUUUUCAAUCUCAAGAGCUCCACUUCAAUGAGAAAUCUUAACCCAUCUGAUGUUGAGAGGAUGGUAUCUCUAAAGGGUAUGAUUAUUCGAAGUAGCUCCAUAAUUCCCGAGAUUAGAGAAGCGAUAUUUAGAUGUCUUGUGUGUGGUUACUACUCAGAUCCUGUUGUUAUAAAUAGAGGUAAUUUCAUUUGGGUUGUUGUGAUGAUUAUUGGUUUAAUUUGUGUCAUAGUAAUUGUUUUUGUUGAAAUGAAUGUAUUUAGUAGUUGUUGA